AUGGAACAGAUAAAACGUAAAAGACAAAAUGAUUUUACUGACAAUAAUAAAAAAAAGAAAUUAAUAUUCAAUUCACACAGAGAUUCUAUCACCCAUCUUGAAGAUCUUUCUAACGAACUUUUUUAUGAAAUUUUUGAUUAUCUGGAUAUUUAUGAUGUAUAUGAAGCUUUUUCUAAAGUUAAUACUCGAUUUGAAAAUCUUUUGAAUGAUCCAACUCUUCCUAUUCGAAUCAGUUUAUCGUUUAUAUCGAAAUCAAAAUUUGAAUGUUAUAACACAAAUAUUAUCAUUCCUUUUCAAUAUCGAAUAACAUUACUUCAUCUAUUAAAUCCAUUGAUUAUCGAACGUCUCUUUUCACCGAUUUCUAUUCUAUUAAAUUUUAUUCGACUUGAAAAUCUUCAUCUUGGUAAUAUUGAAUCAAAAUAUUUUGAAGAACUUCUUAUUCAUUUAAUUUCUUUACCUUUUCUUUAUUCAUUAAUUGUUAAUUGUACAGAUAAUGUUCAAAAUAAAAAUGUUUUUUAUCAUCAAAUAUUCCGUUUACCCGUCUUGAAAUAUUGUAAAUUAUCAUUGACAGGAAAUUCUCAAUCUAAUUCAUUAUCUAUGGCAACUAUAGAAUUUAGUCCUAUUGAAUAUUUUAUUAUUAAUCAACUUUAUGUCGAUGAACUUUAUGCAUUUUUAUCAUAUAUUCCUCAAAUUCGUCGUUUAUCAAUUCGAAAUUUAUAUAAAUCUUCUAAAAAAUCAAUAAGAGAAUUCUAUCCAAUUGUAUUAAAUCAUUUGACACAGGUUUCUUUGAAUAUGAUAGAUGUUACACGAAAACAACAACUAUUAUGUGAAGAAACAAAUGAAAACAUAAAUAGAAAUGAUGAAAAAAGUCAUAUACAUUCAGUUAAUCAUCUUCUAAUUCAAACUAAAAAAGCGGUGAUUAAUUGUAAAAAUUAUUUUCCAAAUGUAACUGAAAUUACUUUAUUCCACAACUUUAUUUAUGAAAGUAAAAAUUCUUUAUCAAACCAAUUCAAGAAAAUCUUUCCAUUGAAACAAUUGACGAAAUUAGCUAUUCAUUCAAAUCUUUCUUGUUUUUCAAAAAUGAUCGAAUUAUUACGUUAUAUACCUUAUAUUCAUACAUUAAACAUGGAACUAUUGUCAUUUGAUGAUCCACAAAGAUCAUAUCAUCUUACAAAUUCAUAUGUACUUCAACAAAAUGAAACUUUUAGAUUGGUUUCAAAAAUAAAUAAUAUUCAAAGUCUGACUAUUAUAUCAUCCUAUGAAAUGGAAUUAGUACAAUUUUUUGUUAAUUUAUGUCCACGACUGAAACACCUUACAAUCAAUAGAUUUGGAUGGUGGCGCCUUGGACAAUUAUUACAAUUUUUAUUAUCAAAAACUAAUAAGAACACUUGUCAUUUAGUUUCAUUAUGCAUUGAAAAUGUAUCUGACAAUGAUAUCAACGUAAUAAGAAAUUUUAUCGAAGCACAGAAAGACGUAAAUAUUGAUUUGGCCAAAGGACAUACUCCUGUUAGUGUUGUGAGAGAUGCUCCAUCCUAA